CCACUCCAGCUCAACCGGCGACGAUGAAUUGUCCCUUCGACAACUGCGCUGCUUCACCGUGAGCCCGAGCUCACGGGUCCAUGGUGCAAUGCCGGAGAACGAUCCGGCUUCGGUGAUUCCCGCGCAACUGUCGUUCCUUGCCAUAUACAACCCCCGUCUUGGUCCGACCGACGAAACAAUCCGCGACCAGGUCGUCUUCUACACAUCUAGGUCGGCUCGAUCGCGCCGACGUGAAGGUUCGGUGGUGGGAGAUGGUGACCAGGAUUCCAAGGAUCAGUGGAAUGAGAGGUUGCGCCAGAUAGGAUUGGCCCAGGGCAUGGUUGGCUUCGCCAGGAACUUUUCACAAGGGAAAGCAGUGGACUAUGUCGAAACCGAGAAGUCGCAGAUUAUAUCACACGAGUUGGAGAAGGACUGGUGGAUCCAAGCCUCUAUCGACCUAACUCGCCUCCCACUCGAUCCAGCUAGCGUAUCUUCUUCCCAGCGCGAUGCUUCAGCUCCUUCUUUUGGCUAUUCUUCUAGGGAGAUGUCCCCUCCUCACCUCCUGAUACAGCAGCUGCGUCGAGCCCACUCUGCCUUCCUCCUUCACCAGGAUACUACACUCGACGCCCUAUACAGUCGUGUGGACAGGCCCACAUUUUGUGGUCUUAUCGACAAUUUCUGGUGGAGGUUCGCGUGGAGCUGGGAGGUCCUGCUGAGCGGAAACCCCGCUGUUGACAUAUAUAACGGCAUCAAGCUCUCUGCUGGAGGCGAACUUGGCAUCGGCGUUGGCGAAGAAGAGUGGGGAAGCGGAGAGAGAGAAGUUCUGGAGGACUUUGUCGCUCGGACAGAGGGCCUACUAGACUUGGUUGUCUCUCGAUUUGGUGACCCUCGCCCACCUAUUGAGAACCUAGCAGCAGGAAACAGGCCUUGGGAUCCACUGGCCAGAGGCACCGAUGAGGACCAAUGGCUCGGCUUAGGAGCCUGUCCUAGGCCUGCAGAUGGGGUCGUAUUCUCAGGUGUAGGGGCAGUCUCAAGACCAUCCCUGCUGCGAAUCUCUCAUUGGAUGGAAUCGAUCUAUAGAUAUGGCAUCGACGCAUACGGAGUGGGCGAAGACCCAACCUCAUCACGGCGUCGAAAGCGGCGAAGGAAGCAACGUGGCAGAUUGGCUGGAAGAGAUUCCAGUAAGCAACCUGCUUCCAUGACAGGCCAUCAGGCUGCAGCUCCCGAUCGCCCGUUCUCUCCAGGUAUACCACCUCCCCUCGUGAUAGGAACCGCCGAGUCUUCGCAGGCUCCACAAGAGUCGAGUCCACAUACGAGUGGCGAGAGCUCCCCGGCAAGAAGUGAUCGCGGGAGUGAUUGGAUAGGCUUCAGAACCGAGACGUUUGUGAAGUAUCUUACGCUUGGCUAUGGCUCAUCCUGGGGGCUUUCUUCUGGAACAGCCAGUCCACACCCUCGAGCCGAAGCGUUAAAACGAGGAGACAGGCCGCCCUCUCCAAGUAAACAGACGGACUCACCCGCGGAUGCCCAGGAGACCAUGGACGAAGACAUGCCCCAGUCCAACGAUAGCAGAAAGCCUCAGAAUCAUGGGAGAUUUCUCAUUGGCUUGCAUUCUGAUACUGACGAUCAAGGCAAGAACACACAGGAAUGGGCUGGUAUAACGGAUGACCAAGCCGGCGUAUCAAAGGAUAUUAUCAAGCAAAGAGUAUUGCAUGUUCAUUUAGCAGAACUCUCGGAACAGAAUCCAACAGGUAGGGGAUUCACGCGCGCGAUUGGGCUGUCCAUGGCUAAUCUCAGUCGUGUUCAAGGCUCGGUAAAACUGCAAGCAGUGGUUUACAUACAUCAACCAUUCAUGUACACAUUUCUGUUCGAUCCCUCAGCACCGGCUCUGUCCGACUCGUCGUUAUACUACAGCAUCAGCCACCAAUUAAGCCCACUCCACAAGCCCCUCAGCAACUCAACUUCACCCAUCACAGCAGCCAUGCGCAUUGCCAUGUCUGACAAUGCUCUCGACAUCAACAAGCGAUUCUCCGGCAAGAGUCAGCCAGUCUACAACUUAGUCUAUGACCAGACUAACUUGACAAUCCGUUCCUCGAUCCCGAACAUACCAGACCUUGGGUACUCCAUCAACGAGCCCCGGGAUCCGGCCACACACCCAUGGUCUCGAGUUGAGAGCCUCAAUAUCCACCACCGACUCUUAAGCACCCACCUCGAAACCCGCUCCCGACCCCUGGAGGUCGAAAGGACCUGCAAGACCAGCCGCGGCUGGUGGAUUGUCUGGAUCCGAAUGUCCGAACCCCCUCGACAAGAUCAAGAAAGCACGAACUCCAACGCCAGCAUCCACACCACCGAUGCCCACCAGGAAGCAUUUCUCAUCCGCAGAUCAAGUGACUCCGUCUCCCCGUCUGGACAUGCACGCAGCAGUAGCGGCACUCGGUUCUUCCGUGAUCUGGGCGGGGCUUCAUCCCCCGGGUUACAGGCGUCGCGCACUGACACAGGACCAGGGAAACUUGUUGAAGGGCUGGGCCUGGACGCAAGACGAUAUAUUGAGAAUCUGCUCAGUUUGAAUAGAUGAUGUGACAUAUAUGUGACCAGUAUAGAAGAUCAUACCAUUUGCAAG